UGCUAUCUAUGAUUCUAAAUAUAAGUAUACCAUAGACUAUACAAUACACUUUAACCACUUUAUUGCACACUUGCACAGUUGCACACAUUCAUUGGUACCAACAUACAUAUUCAAUUUAUGAUUUUUGUACUAUUCAAGGUAUUCAAGACUCAAGUGCAAUUUACGUUGCGUGUAUACAACGGCAACAAUUGACAAUUUUGAACAGUGAUUUUCAGGUUGGAGAUAAGGUAUGUCUGAUGACCAGAUUAGAUCUGAUAAUAUUCGGCGCGACCGGUUUCACCGGCAGCCGAGCGGUGCUGGAGAUGAUCAGGCUGUCCAAGAAGUAUCCCGCUUUAACUUGGGGCAUCGCUGGACGCUCCGAGAAAAAACUCGAAGAAUUAAAACAAGAGGCUACUCAGAAAAGUGGCGAAGACCAGACCAAUCUCAAAACGUUUAUAGCUGAUGUAUCGGAUGAGAAGUCGCUGAGGAGCAUGUGCGAACAAGCCACAGUUGUGGUGAAUUGUUGCGGGCCGUACCGACUAUACGGAGAGCCGGUCGUGAAGGCAGCCAUCGAAUCAAAGACUCACUAUGUUGACGUGAGCGGCGAGCCUGAGUUUAUGGAGUUAAUGCAGCUAAAUUACAACGAACAAGCCGAAGACGCCGGCGUGUACGUCAUCAGCGCCUGCGGAUUUGACAGCAUACCUUGUGACUUGGGCGUUAUACACUUAAUGAAAAACUUUGAGGGCGUGCUGAAUUCUGUAGAGUCGUAUAUCAUGAUGAGGGUAGCGCCGGAGCACGCGGCGGAGGCGGCCCGCAGCGGCGUCCUGCACUACGGCACCUGGGAGUCCCUGGUGCACAGUCUGGCGAACAGUCACAAAUUGAAGCCGCUGAGGGAACAGCUGUAUCCCUCGCGGCUGCCCUCCUGCAAGCCCAAGCUCUGCCGACGAUGGUACCACAGGAGGGGCGGCGCGUCGUGCCUGCCGUUCCUGGGCGCGGACGAGUCGGUGGUGCACCGCACGCAGCGCCACCUGCACGCGGCCGGCGCCCGCCCCGCGCAGCUCCGCGCCUACCUCGCGCUGCCCUCCGCACUGCACGCCGCGCUCCUCACGCUGGGCGCCCUCCUGCUGUACGUGCUGGCCCAGUGGAGCGUCACCAGGCGGCUGCUGCUCGACCACCCGCGGCUGUUCUCCGGCGGCAUGGCGACCCGGCGCGGGCCCGCAGAGAACGUGAUGCUCAACACCAAGUUCGAGGUGGAGCUGGUGGGGUCGGGCUGGGCCGCCGCGACCGACGCCGACGUCACCGAGCCGGACAAGAAGCUGGUUGUGAAGGUGUCGGGCUCCAACCCCGGGUACGGCGCCACGGUGACGGCGCUGCUGGUCUCCGCCCUCACUAUACUGAACGAACAACACAAAAUGCCUAAAAGCGGCGGGGUCCUGACAACCGGCGCCGCGUUCAAAGACACGAGCAUCAUUGAUGUCCUCCACGAAAACGGCCUCAAGUUUGAUAUCGUUAGUGAUAAGAAAGAUUAAAUACUGUUUCAUUCAUUUACAAAAUGUUUAAAGGAUUUUUAAAAAUUUUUAAUAAUUAAAAAUAUGUAAAUGCGUU